CUAAGAUUACAGUCAUUUAUUCAAUACAAAUUUGAUUAAAAUCAAGAAAUUUAUUUAAUAAACACAAUUUAUUAUUUGAUGAAUCUUAUAUAUUCUAUGUUCAAUAGGGAGAACAGUAAUCGAAAAGGAAAAUUUGGAGGCAAAGGAGAAGAAACAUGUUCUCCGGAAUACGUACAAGCCAUCCCACCCAAUCUUAAUAGCAUUUGUUCAAAGACCAAAUUCGAAAGGAAAGAGAUAAAGCUGCUUUAUCAAAUCUUUAAACAACACUGCCCUCAAGGAUUUUUAACCUUGAAUAUAUUCAAGAGCAUAUUCGAAAUUCUUUUCCCUCUAGGAAAUUCUUCAAGAUAUGCCUCCUAUUUUUACAGAUGUUUAGAUGUCAAUAAAGAUGGCAUGGUGGGAUUCGAAACUUUUAUAAGCACUCUAUCGAAAAUGAAUUACGGAACUUUCGAAGAACGGGCUACCAUUAUAUUCAAGAUUUACGAUUUAAAAGACGAAGGCUUUUUAACCAAGGAAUCACUUUUCAAUAUUAUCUCAUCGGUGUACGACCUAGCUAAUUUAACAAAUGAUCCAUAUUACACUUAUUCCAAUGCGCAGCAGCACAGUGAAAGAUUUUUCAGGAAAUUGAAAAUGGACCAAAACGGUAAAGUAGCUAUGAAAGAAUUUACGGGCAUGUUAAUAAGGGAGGAAUGUUUGGAGAAGUCCCAUACUAAUUUUCCGAUAGUAUCUGCUAAUAUUUAAAAAUUAAAUGAUUUUAAAAGAUGUAUAGUAUUUUAUUAUAUUGUUA